AUGCAUCCGAGAAAAAACACCAAGUACAUCAAAUUAUUGAAAUCAUAUUUAACCACACUACAAACAAUCCCGAAGGAAGGAAAGUAUGCACGAUCAAUGGAAAAUAUUUACGAAGUCCAUCAACUUGUUAUGAAUUUCUUUGCAGAAAUGGAGAGUAAUAAUAGCAAUGGAGCCUCUUCCUCGGAUAUGGAUAUCUAUAAGGAAGUUGAAUUCAGUUUUACUGAUUCAGAAUUACACAGAAAAAGAAGGAAGCAAAAGUCAGCAGAGAUAAAAUUGGACAUUUUGAGAGAUGUCAUAGCAGAAAUUUGUGAUUCUCUACAAACUAAGAACAACACAACAAGAAAAGGAAUACAAUUAUUGGUUAACAUAGUUGAUGCAUAUUUACCAUUAUUGGAUGAUCAAAAGGAAUUAAUUCUUAGGUCCAUUGUUGUAUCAAAAACCAAAAUAUUAUUCAUGCCUAGAAAAUUUAACACAGUACAGGGAACAAUUGAAAAAUGCGACCAACUAUUUCUAGCGAUACCUUUCGAUGAAAAUACUUUGGAGAACAAUCUAAUAAUCAAAUCAACCACUACGGAUCCAGACGUGCUACAUGCUACCUCGAAAACGACUCUUCUUACUGUAUAUUUGAAAAAUUGUAAAGAAAAUAGCCCAGUAGUGAACAAAUUUAUGGAAUUCCUAAUCAAGCAAGUCAAAUUUUGCGAUUCAGUGCUCUUGAAUGAUACAGUGGAUGGAAUGCCUCUGUAUCAUCAAAUAUUUAUGUCCAUCAGUGAGGUUUUAAUGAAAAAUAAGCAAUCCAAUAUGUUUUCAGAGGUACAGCUCGUACUAUGGAGAGAACUUUUGAUAUAUCAAAUCCAGAUAUAA